ACGUCACUCAUUCAUAAACCGAACACAUCACUGCGGACUUGACCAUCGCGAGAUACACACGGCUUGUGUUAUUUUUAUCUAAUAGUAUUAACGUUGGUGUUGUGUACAAUGAGUGGAAACUUUCUUACAAUUCCCGGCGACAGUCCGAUGCAAAGACGAUCACGGAGUUCGUCGUUAACGGAUUUAAUAUCAGCAUUUGACAACAAAGCGCAGGCGCAUACCGAAUUACAGAAAAUAACCGCUUUCAGCGGCCAUUUUGACAAAAAUGCCAAACCGACGUUUUCAAAGGAUGAAUAUGGAAAACCAAUUCCGGGUUCCAUGACCGAGUACAGAGGAGCAGAGGCACAAGCUAGAGUUUGCACAGAGAUGAAGGAGUUAUGUGAAAUUAUUCACGAGUACGGCAAAUCUCCGUGCAAGAGUCUUCUCCCGCCUGAACUAAAAGAUGCAACUAAAGUUAUCUCGUUUGGUGAACUUUUCACAAUCUACACAGUAAUCUCAGACAAACUCGUCGGGAUCUUGCUGAGGACGAGAAAACAUCAAUUAACUUUCUUCGAGGGGGAAGUUCUAUUCCAGAAACGAGACGAUGACGUGCCCGUGUUCCUAAUGCAGCCCAUUACCGACAUCAGGGAAUAUUGUAACAACAAAGCCUUACAAGCUAGGCGAUCAGUGUCACCAAUGCCUAAUUAAAUUCUACAAAUAUAA